UCUCUCUCCUCCUAGUGGGCUUACAUGCGUUGGUAAAUGCCAUUGGAAAUUAACGACUGGUGCUUGGAUUUUCUUUUUCUUUUUCUUUUUCUUUUUUUAUUAAUUUGUCUGCGUUAAAAAAUAGAAUGAGAUUGUACAAAUGAUGGGACCUUCACUUUCACUCUUUUGAGGAUUUGGACAAAGCUAACGAAAGCAACCCAAUCCUUCUCAAAUCAGGAAACUGCUAUCUUCGCCUUAAGCCUUCCUUGUUCUACGUUCCCUCCGCAAAUCUAUCAAUUUGCCAUUUCUCUCCUAAAUUAAUGGAAGGCACAGCCCCAUCCAAUGGACGUCUUGAUUUUGGGAAGAUGGGUUAUGGGUGCAAGCAUUACAGGAGAAGAUGCAUGAUUCGAGCUCCAUGCUGCAACGAGAUCUUCUCUUGUCGCCAUUGUCACAACGAAGCUGCGAGCAUGUUGAAGAACAUAAGUGACCGGCACGAGCUCAAUCGACAUGAUGUCAAGCAAGUCAUAUGUUCUGUUUGUGACACAGAGCAGCCGGUUGCUCAAGUUUGUACGAACUGUGGUGUCAAUAUGGGGGAAUAUUUCUGCGGACUCUGCAAAUUCUAUGACGAUGAUACCGACAAAGGACAGUUCCAUUGUGAUGAUUGUGGGAUCUGUAGAAUUGGUGGUCGCGAGAACUAUUUUCACUGCAAGAAGUGUGGUUCUUGUUAUGCAAUCAGCCUACGUGGUAAUCAUUCAUGUGUGGAGAACUCUAUGCGCCACCACUGCCCAAUAUGUUAUGAGUACUUAUUUGACUCACUAAAAGACACUUCUGUGAUGAAAUGUGGGCACACAAUGCAUUUCGAAUGUUAUGUUGAGAUGAUAAACCGUGACAAAUAUUGUUGUCCCAUAUGCUCCAAAUCAGUGAUUGACAUGUCUAAAACAUGGAAGAGAAUAGACGAAGAGAUAGAAGCAACCAUCAUGCCUGAGGAUUAUCGCUACAAGAAGGUUUGGAUCCUAUGUAAUGACUGUAAUGACACAACUGAAGUCUACUUCCACAUAAUUGGGCAGAAAUGUACCCACUGCAAAUCAUACAAUACUCGCACGAUUGCACCUCCUGUUCUUCCUCAAUGAGAGAGUUAUGGUUCUGGGACAAUAUCCAGCCAUAUGAGAAUAUUGAAAGCUUGGCAUCCUGAGUAUAAAACAGAGAGGGUACAUUUUAUUGCAGCUCAAGCAUUUUCAAUGAUUAUUACUUAUUAAUCGAUUCUGUACCAUUACUAUAUGAUUAUACUGUAGCAAUUGCAUUUGUGCCUCAGAAACCUUCCCUGAGGCUAUUCUUGCCACAAUUUAUAGGUUAAAACCCAGUUUUUUGUUUCAAAAAGGAAAAAAGUUCUCUGGGUUGAUGUAAACAUUACAUACACAGCUAUCCAUAGGAAUGUUAUUUCCUUGUUAUGGACUCCAAUGAUUCUGUUAUCAAAAGAUUGUAUUGAAUAA